UCCUGAUGUUGAUCCAUUAUCACGAGACGUGAUCGACUUUUAUCCUGAUUUUUUCUGGAUUUAAAUUAAACAAUCGGAAGUUGAAAAAUCACGCCUUGAACAUUGGAACUCGCAGGUUGGUGGAACAAUCCGUUUCUCUGAUCGUCGCCGCGAAAUUGACCGUUCGGUCAUCCACCACGACGAUGCCACCCGCCGGAGAAAUCCUUCAGGCGCAUCUGAAGAAGGAGCAGAAGUUUUCCGACGCCGAAGCAGUGACAGCGGAGGCGGAGGCGGAGGCGGUUGGAUUGUGGACACAGAUCAAGGCGGAGGCUCGCCGCGAUGCGGAGGCGGAGCCGGCGCUUGCGAGCUACCUCUACUCGACGAUUCUGUCGCACUCCUCGCUCGAGCGGUCUCUGUCGUUCCAUCUCGGCAACAAGCUCUGCUCCUCUACGCUUCUCUCCACUCUUCUCUACGAUCUCUUCCUCAAUACCUUCUCCUCCGAUCCCUCUCUUCGCACCGCAACGGUGGCCGAUCUUCGUGCCGUUCGCGUCCGGGACCCGGCGUGCGUCUCCUUCUCUCAUUGCCUCCUCAACUACAAGGGGUUCUUGGCCAUUCAGGCGCAUAGGAUCGCGCAUAAGCUGUGGACUCAGUCGCGGAAGCCACUAGCUCUGGCUCUUCAGUCACGGGUCUCCGACGUGUUCGCCGUCGAUAUCCACCCGGCGGCGAAGUUCGGGAAGGGAAUACUCCUCGACCACGCCACCGGAGUUGUCAUCGGAGAGACGGCGGUGGUGGGGAACAACGUCUCGAUCCUCCACCACGUGACGCUCGGGGGAACGGGAAAAGCGUGCGGGGACCGGCACCCGAAGAUCGGAGACGGAGUCCUGAUCGGCGCCGGAGCAACAAUCCUCGGGAACGUGAAGAUCGGCGCCGGAGCCAAGAUAGGCGCGGGAUCGGUAGUGCUGAUCGAUGUGCCGCCGCGGUCAACGGCCGUUGGGAACCCAGCGAGGCUUGUCGGAGGAAAGGAGAGGCCGGCGAUGCACGGCGAGGAGUGUCCCGGGGAGUCCAUGGAUCACACCUCCUUCAUAUCGGAAUGGUCAGAUUACAUCAUCUGAAUUCUCUCUUAGUUUUGCCUCUGCGUUAGAAUUAGAAAGCGAAAACCUUUCAAUCUGCAAUGGCUAUCGAGAACAAAGAUAGAAUGCAAUUAGAUUCAUACGAA